AUUGGUAAUUAUUAAUUAGGUGCUGGACGCUGGGACGUCCUUUUUGGGUUUAGUAUUUUGUCUCUUCUCUUUUCCUUCUUGUCUCAAGCAACUCUAAAAGGAAUCAUUAGCUCUGUGAUAACCGCCUCGCCUAGCCAUGUCUACAACAGCGUGGCAGAUCGGUGGUCGUGUGUGGGUCUCCAUUAAUAAACAAUGGUCUCCAGCAACCAUAACUAACGUCACCAGCACCGAAGUAUCAUUUGCCAGUGAAUAUGGACAACAAUGCACUCUACCAAGAGACUCCUUGAACCACGACACAGUGACCCAGAUGCACCAGACUAGUAUUGACAGUGUUGAUGAUAUGGCUUCACUUGGGGACCUUCAUGAGGCGGCCAUUUUAUACAACAUCUACCAACGAUAUACCAGGGACACUAUAUACACAUACAUCGGUUCCAUUCUAUCAGCUGUUAAUCCCUAUAAACUGAUUGAUGGUGUGUAUGGGGUGGAGCUAAUGCAGAGUUACAUGAAGAGGCAGCUGGGAGACCUCCCGCCUCACAUAUACGCCAUCGCUAACGAGAUAUAUGAGUCAAUGUGGAGGAAGAGGGAGAACCAAUGUGCUUUAAUUAGUGGUGAAAGUGGUGCUGGGAAAACAGAAUCAACAAAGUUUAUAUUAAGUUAUCUCUCAGCGAUGAGUCAGCAAGCCUGUCCAUCAGCAGCUGGUAAAUAUGCAGUUGAGGCUGCCAUUUUACAGAGCAGUCCAAUUUUGGAAGCAUUUGGUAAUGCAAAGACUGUCUAUAAUAACAACAGCAGUCGUUUUGGAAAAUUCAUUUUACUCAAUUUUGCUGAGGCUGGUAACAUCAUUGGUGGUCAGAUCACUGACUAUCUUUUAGAAAAGAAUCGUGUUGUACGUCAGAACCCAUUGGAGAGAAACUUUCAUGUCUUCUAUGCACUCCUGGUUGGGUCUGAUCCAGCUGGAAAAGAGAGGCUCCAGCUGCAAGGUCCAGAGUCCUAUCAUUAUCUCAAUCAGAGUGGGUGUGUCAGUGACCCAACCAUUAACGACCAGCAAGACUUCCUACACAUUAGAGAAGCAUUUGAGAUUAUGCAAGUUCCAGCCCAACAGUUCAGUGAUUUGAUGUCAGUCCUUGCUGGAAUUUUGAAAGUGGGUAACAUCACGUUUGGUAAAGCAGGUGGGGCACAAGUCUCGGAUAAGUCAGCUCUUGAAGCAGCCGCUAGCUGUUUGAGUGUUGAGUCCUUCCGACUCUCUGAUGCUCUCACUCAAAAAUUUAUGAAGCUAAGAGGGGAGGAGAUAACCACACCCCUCACUCUAGAACAAGCAGUUGAUUCUCGUGAUUCUCUCUCUAUGGCACUCUAUGCUAACGCCUUUCGUUGGGUUUUGGAGAAAAUUAACGUGCGAAUCCGUGGGAAAGGACACUUUGCUACAGCUGGAGUGUUGGAUAUUUUUGGUUUUGAGAAUUUUGAAAUUAAUCGUUUUGAGCAAUUUAAUAUUAAUUUUGCAAAUGAGAAGCUCCAGGAAUAUUUCAACAAGCACAUCUUUUCCCUCGAGCAGCACGAAUACAGCAAGGAAGGGAUAGAUUGGGCUGACAUUGAUUGGGUGGACAAUGCCGAGUGUCUUAACCUCAUCGAGAGGAAAUUGGGUAUACUGGAUCUGUUGAAUGAGGAGAGUCGGUUUCCUAAAGGAACGGAUCAGAGUUUACUGGAGAAACUCCACAACUCACACAAGGACAACGCGUUCUACAUAAAACCAAAAGUGAACAACAACAAGUUUGGUAUCAGACAUUACGCAGGCGACGUCUUUUAUGAUGUCGUUGGUUUACUGGAGAAGAACAGAGACUCUUUCAGAGACGACAUGCUUAAAGUUCUAAAAGACACAAAAUCUGAUUUUGUUUAUGACCUGUUUGCUCACAUGACACUUGACGAGGAUACCUCGUCAGGUGGGCGGGCCUUCAAGAUGGAUCGUAGAGGAGGCGGAGCCAAGAAAAAAGCAACAGUCAGCACCCAAUUCAAGACUUCUCUCCAUUCACUCAUGACAGAGCUAGGUCAGGCUAACCCGUAUUUUGUGAGGUGCAUAAAACCAAACGGAGAAAAAGUUAAAGACAAAUUUGUACCUCAAAUGGUCCUCAAUCAGCUCAAGUACUCCGGAAUGAUGGAAACCGUCCGUAUACGAAGAUCAGGGUAUCCAGUGAGGAGACUUUUUGCUGAUUUUAUGUUUCGAUAUGAUGUCUUGGGGCGGAGUUUGGGUUUGGAAGGGAAGGGAGAGAUAGAGGCAUGUAGAUUAAUAAUGGCGUCACAAGACAGUUCUAAGAAAGACUGGCAGAUUGGUAAAACAAAGGUACAGUGUAUGCUAACAAUGCAAUGUAUUGGUGCUAUCUAUGAGUGCAUGUACAUGUACGUGCCAUACCACUACUUGAUGUACAACGUAUCAUUAGUCAUACACUCACAAAUAUUACUAUUAUACUAACUAACUACAUGUACAGUAACUACACACACACACUAUCUAUCAAACUGUUUAUCAGUAUAUUCUCAUCAUUUGACGUACAACUCA